CAUUUUCCCCUCUUUCUUUGGCUGGGUUAGCUGGCUGGGCUGGAUCUUUAAGCAUAGCGUAAAAACGGGCGGUGUGAGCGCCGUGUUUACAUUUUUCCCCCCUCUCAUACGUUUUCCACCAUCGGGCAGUGACACCGGAGGAUAGCAGGACGCUGAGGCCGUGGAUGAGCAUCACGUGGAGGCGUCAAAGACGGAACUUUGAAGGAGCUCUGCUGUCUUUAUCCACAGGUCGGAGGCAUGAGCGGGAGAGUGGGAGACCUGAGUCCUAAGCAGGCUGAGGCGCUGGAGCAGUUUCGAGUACGGGUACAAGAUAUUCUUCCUCAGCUUCCUGCACAGCAUGACCACUUCCUCUUACGUUGGCUCAGAGCCAGGAACUUCAAUAUCCAGAAGUCUGAGGCAAUGCUGCGAAAGCAUUUGGAGUUCAGGAAACAGAUGAAAGUAGACACAAUAAUCACUGACUGGCGUCCACCAGAGGUAAUCGAGAAAUAUCUGUCAGGAGGCAUGUGCGGUUAUGACCGCGAGGGCAGUCCCAUCUGGUACGAUGUCAUCGGACCCGUAGAUCCUAAGGGCCUCUUUCUGUCUGCCUCCAAGCAAGACUUCAUCAAGUCCAAGAUCAGAGACUGCGAGAUGCUUCAGAAGGAGUGUAACCUCCAGACGGAGAGACUGGGGAAAAACGUGGAGUCGAUCACAAUGAUCUACGAUGUUGAAGGUCUGGGCCUGAAGCACUUAUGGAAACCAGCUAUAGAAACAUAUGGAGAGAUCCUCCAGAUGUUUGAAGACAACUAUCCAGAAGGGCUGAAGAAACUGUUUGUUAUCAAAGCCCCUAAAAUCUUUCCUGUGGCCUACAACCUCGUCAAGCACUUUCUGAGUGAGGGCACGCGACAAAAGAUCUGCAUCCUGGGAGCCAACUGGCAGGAGGUGUUAUUGAAUCACAUCGAUGCUGAGGAGCUGCCGGUGAUAUACGGGGGUAAACUGACGGAUCCUGACGGAGACCCUCGCUGUCGCAACAAGAUAAACCAUGUUGGACCAGUUCCUCCCUCCUACUACGUGCGGGACCAUGUGAAGGUGGAUUACGAGCAGUCUGUGACCAUCAGCCGAGUUUCUUCACAACAACUGGACUUUGAGAUCUUGUUCCCCGGCUGUGUUCUCAGGUGGCAGUUUGCCAGUGACGGUGGAGACAUCGGAUUUGGGGUCUUUCUAAAGGCCAAAAAGGGUGAAUGGAAGAAGGCGGCUGAGAUGGAGGAAGUGGUGCCCAGUCAGCGAUACAACGCCCACUUAGUACCCGAGGAUGGCUCACUCACCUGUGAGCGUCCAGGAGUCUAUGUGCUGAGAUUCGACAACACCUACAGCAUCUUCCAGGCCAAACGCAUCAGCUACAGUGUUGAGGUCCUGCUUCCUGAUCAUUUACAGCCCGCGCAGAGCAACGGGAAGUCUGGCAACCACGUGGAAGUGGAGUGCGACAGUCAGUUAUAACAAAGAUGAUGUCAUCAGAUCAGUGAUGUUUAGCUGCUCAGAAAGCACAGCCUGACAUACUUGAUUUGAACAUGUCGUGUGGAUUAAUAGUAUUAUAUCUCAAUGCUGGGUGACUCGUAUUCAUGUGGCAUCUAUUUAGAAACUUCACUUCACCCACUCUCCUCUUAGACAUCACGGAUCCCAGAUUUUCAGCCCAUUUCUUUGGCCUGUUUAGCUUUACUCUGUUAUUUUUGUUCCACAUCAGCACUGGUGUUUCAAACAGGCGCCAAAUAAAUGAGCUGGUUAUAACACGGUUAUAACACAGCGUGAUACGGUGUAAACAAAGAGCUGAAACCAAUAAUGUUCAAUUAGUAUCAAACUUUGUCCAUGUGCAAAGAAAUAUUUUCUAUAGACAUUUUCUGAGUAUAUGCAGUAAAAUUAAAGUAAAACUCUAAAUAUUUGAAUUUAUUGCAAAAUGCACUAAAUUUUGUGCUAUUUGUCAUUCCUUUUUUGAUUCAUCAUUUAUCAGGUGUGCCUCUAGUGAUCACGCUUUCCCUGAACAUACACUGUCAUGUCAAAAAGAACAUUUCACAGGACUCUGCAGUGAAAACUAAGAAUCCCAUCAUUCAGUAGCUCAUAGAACCACCUUCAGCACCAUCAUUACUUCAGCUCAUUGGCAUUUGCAGGUAUUUGUUUAUGCACAGCUCUCCUAAGGUCCUGUAACAGCAUUUCAGUCAGGUUGAGGUCUGGAGUUUGACCAGACCAUUGCAGCACCAUGAGUCUUUUCUUUUUCAGCAUUCUGUUGGAGAUUUGCUGCUGCGUUUGAGAUCAUUGCCCUGUUGCUGGGCCUCACAUUUGACACUAGACUACUUUGGUACUGGGGGAGCUCAUGGCUGUUUUCACUGCAUGAUGCACAGGUCCUGAAGCUGCAAAACAUCACCUCUCCACCACUGUGAUGACAGUUGGUGUGAGGUGUUGGUGCAGAGUUUGGACACUUUGGUCUCAUCUGACACAAGGAUGUUGUUCCUGAAGUCUUCUACUUUGUAUAAAUACAAGCUUGCAAACUGAAGCUGUGCUGCCAUGUGAGUACCCGUGAAAGCUUUCUUUUUCACAUGACUGUAUUAACAAUCAGCUUGCAUUCACAAAAAAACCCUUUCCUCUGAAUAUUUUUUUCAAAGAAUUGCAUUAAUGUAAUUUAUUAUAUAAUUUAAUAUUUAAGUUUUAAGUCCAAGACUAAAAAUAUGAAGGCAGAAAUGAAUAUAAUAAGUCCUCUUGUUUGGUAAAAUAUACAGUAUAUAUUAUUCCUGCUAUUCCAGUGAGUGAAUCUUGUUAAUCUUUGUGUCUCAAAGCUGUACUAACACAGCUGUACAGAAAUAAA